AUGGCAGCUACAAAGAAGAAGACAGCCAAGAAAAAGGCCGCACCCAAGAAGCAGACUCGGACUACUCCGGUCCGUGGUGGUGGUGGUGGCGAUGACCCUCCGGCGACGCCGGUCGACAUCCCAGAGGUAGCUUGUGGAGUCCACGCUGGCCCAGAGGUCCUUGCAUCAUCUGGCCUUGUCACUUGCAACAAAUUCUUUGCUCCAACCAUGAUUCUUCGCAUCUUCGUUUCCGAUGACAUCACCCAAGAUUAUCAUGUUAGCCGCAAGCGCGCUACUCUCACGUGCUAUCUUGUCUCUGGCAUGAGACCGGAGGAUUGCAGAGUGAUCCAGAGGCACCAGAGAUGUGGAACUCAAUUUGUGGUCCGCUGGAGGAUUCCAAAGGAGCUCCGCACGGCCGACUUUAUCAUGGCCAGACACAGCGUCAGUGAUCCUGACGGCUGCAGGCAGCUGGAUGAGUUCUUGCGGACACAGCCUGAGGGAUGGCAGGAGCACUCAAUCGAUCUUGGCUUUCAGACUGAAGGCUUCUUCCGGGCAUUGCCAAGCUUCCUCCCAGCGAAACCUGAGGAAAUCCACUUGCGUUGGCAGACUCCUCCUAUUGCUGGAAAAAAUGGACACUUUCGAGCUGCUUGUGUCUUUGUCACCGCCUAUGAGGUAGACCAAGGAGACGUUGAUGAACGAUACGACGACUUGGAUAACUACACUUUGGAAGAAAUGUCUCUUGCUGACGUGGAAAGAAGCCGUGGUCGUCGCGGCAGGAAUGUCUAUCAACCAGCAGCGCAGCCGCGCUACCAGCCACCGCGCCAACAACCCCGCCAACAGCCGCGCCCGCACCACACACCUAGCAGAGCACCAGCUACAACCAGCAGCAGGCCAUUUGCCUCUGCAUCGAGGACUCCACCACACCGCAACUACAAGCAGCAGAGCUCACCCAAGCCACCCCCGAAAGCCUACACUCCGCCUCGCCACACUCCAACUCGCGGAAAGGCCAAGGAUGAUCGCAACUACGAGCCGGCUCCAGCAGCUGCAGCGGCUGCUUCCAAGCCCGCCGCCAGGCAGCGUCCAACACCACCUCGACCUGGAAGGCCUUACAAGGAGCAACCUUCUGUCCGUGAAGAAAACCAUCAGACAGAGAUGGAGAUAGAUGACCUCCCGAAGACUUCUUUUGAAGAGGCGAACUCUGGCCGCUACUACAAUGGCAAGCCCUAUGGUGGUGUAACUGUUGAAGAUGCUUCUGAAGAGGAGCAAGAGCCGGCUCCACCUCGCACUGGAACGCCCAAGCGCCACAGAGCCCAAGAAGAACGCGAGAAUGAGUAUGAGCCGCCAUCCAAGAUGCAGUCGUAUGAUGAAGACGAUGUAGAGGAAGAAGGGCCAGCAGAGGUGACUCAGGAAGAUGACGGCUACAACGAUGGCUAUGGUGACAACUAUGCGUCUGAUGCGUCUGAUGACGACACCGCUUCGGAAACGGAGGAGGAAAGUGACCAGAGCUACCGUAAGCGUGGUGGCAACUGGUUGAAUCCAUCUGGGCGCUAA